UAAAAUAUGAAUCAACCAGUCUGACCAGUUUUUGAGUAGAGAUAUUCGUUUCGAUUGAUUUUUUUUCGUCAAGCUACAAGUGAAACUGUUCCAAAAGUCUUUAAAAGGAACAAAAAGAUUAAAAUCGAAAAUGAACUAUCUUAUCUUGCUGGUGCUUUGUGUUACAAGCGGCGUUCACUCAAAGACCGAUGAAAUCGAUGACGUUCAGCGAUUAAUUCUCGACUCAAUCAACGAAACAGCACCAGAUUUUCAGCCUUGCAAUGAAGAUCUACUACGCCAAGCAACGUUUGCCGAUAUGAUUGAGAUAAAGCGUCACGGCUACUUUCAUUGGUGCGUUUUCGUUCACGGUGAAACAGUGAUUCAGUUGAACAACCCGGAAUUUGAUAGGCUGACGGUCGAAAAUGCGUUCGACAAUUUCACAGGGCAUGUGGAAUUGCGUAAUUUGAUGCGACUGGCUGGAAAUGACUUCUGUCGUAUCAAUAACAAGAUCAGUGAGUCGAAACGAAGAGAACUGCUGGUGCUAUCGGAGUCAGACACCAGGAAGCUAAUGAAAGAGGAACUUAACCAUCGCGUCACGUUCUACAAUUUAGUUAACUACAAUUGCGAACAUUUUGCCACAAAAAUGAAAUUUGGCGUUCCGUUCAGCAGUCAGAUCGAAGCAGUCAAGCAAAUUACACAAAAAGAAGAUUUGAAGGAAACUGUGGCACAAAUGUUUGAAGUUGCUGCGAGCCAGAAUUCCGCCACCACGUCGAGUUCUCUCAAACUAUUAUUGUCAUCAGUCAUUGGCUAAUGUUUAAAUCUGCUCACUGCUGCCAAUACAAUAAAUUUUAGAUUGG